GCUGGUGUGUGGGUGUCAAACCGAGCUGAAGGCGGUGGCGGCGGCGGCGGCGGCGGCGGCGGCUCCGCAGGCUCGGGUCGCUCCCGCCACCCCAGCGCUGCCGGCGGCCACAGCCGCUCACUCGGGCCGGCCCGGAGGAGCGGAGGCUCAGCAAACUGGAAAUGGCAAAAUGAGGAGGAACAUUUGGAAAGUGGAGCAUGCAAACCAUUCAAAAAAGAGUCAUGCCUUCUGGCUUCUCAGACCUCAGGCUCCAGUGGGAGAAAUGACAGUCAGGGGUCCUGCUGCAGAUCUGUUACGGAGACUGAACCUUUGCAGGGCUUAAGCUUGCCCAGAACAGGAAAGCUUCUCUCUUUGAAGGGCUUUAUAUUUGUAACAGAGAAUAAAAAUGACGACUUCGUCUAUCAGACGGCAGAUGAAAAACAUUGUGAACAAUUACUCAGAAGCUGAAAUAAAAGUCCGGGAGGCCACCUCCAAUGACCCAUGGGGCCCGUCCAGCUCUCUGAUGACUGAGAUCGCAGACCUGACCUACAACGUGGUGGCCUUCUCGGAGAUCAUGAGCAUGGUGUGGAAGCGGCUCAACGACCACGGCAAGAACUGGCGACAUGUGUACAAGGCGCUGACGCUGCUGGACUACCUUAUCAAGACGGGCUCCGAGCGGGUGGCCCAGCAGUGCCGCGAGAACAUCUUCACCAUCCAGACCCUGAAGGACUUCCAGUACAUUGACCGCGACGGCAAGGACCAGGGCAUCAACGUGCGUGAGAAGUCAAAGCAGCUGGUGGCCCUCCUCAAGGACGAGGAGCGGCUGAAGGCUGAGAGGGCCCAGGCUCUCAAAACCAAAGAGCGCAUGGCCCAGGUCACCACCGGCAUGGGCAGCAACCAGAUCACCUUUGGCCGUGGCUCCAGCCAGCCCAACCUCUCCACCAGCUACUCGGAGCAGGAGUAUGGCAAGGCUGGGGGGUCGCCUGCCUCCUACCAUGGCUCACCUGAGACCUCGUUGUGUCCCCAGCACCGUGCUGGGGCCCCGCUGGGUCAGAGUGAGGAGAUGCAGCUGCUGAGCCAGCGCCACCCCUUCCUGCUGCACCUGGGGCUGGCUUCCCACCCAAAUGGUGACUGGUCCCAGCCCUGCCUCACUUGUGGCCGUAGAGCCCGAGCAUCCACAUCCCCGAGAGUGCCCUCCGAGCUGGAGCAGGCCCGGCCCCAGACCAGCGGAGAAGAGGAGCUUCAGCUGCAGCUGGCUCUGGCCAUGAGCAGAGAGGUGGCUGAGCAGGAAGAACGCCUGAGGCGGGGCGAUGACCUCAGAUUGCAGAUGGCCCUGGAAGAAAGCCGGAGAGACACGGCCAAAGUUCCAAAAAAGAAAGAGCAUGGCUCCCACCCACAGCAGACCACUUUGUUGGAUUUAAUGGACACCCUCCCCAGCUCAGGGCCUGUUGCCCAGAAAGCAGAGCCCCGGCGCCGGCCAGCCUCAGCUAACCAGACCAACCCAUGGGGUCGGCUGGCAGCCCCAGCCAGCACGUCAGAUCCCUGGCCGUCGUUCGGUGCCAAGCCAGCUGCCUCUGUUGACCCCUGGGGAGUGCCCACUGGAGCCAGCACACAGCCUGUCUCCAAGAGCUCAGACCCCUGGUCAGCGCCGCCUCAGCCUGCCUCCGGUGCCGGGAAAACAGCUGAUGCCUGGGCUGCAGCCUCAGCCGCAGCCAGCAAGCCUGUGCCCGCCUCUGGGGCCUUCGACCUCUUCAGCAAUUUGAAUGGUACAAUUCAAGAUGACUUUUCUGAAUUCGACAACCUCCGAACUUCAAAAAAAACAGCCGAGGCAGCGGCCUCCCCACUGUCCCAGAACAAUGGAACUACAAGCCCCGACCCCUUUGAGUCUCAGCCUCUGACUGUCACCUCCAGCAAGCCCAGCAGCACCCGGAAAACACCCGAGUCCUUCCUGGGCCCCAAUGCGGCCCUGGUGAACCUGGACUCGCUGGUGACCAGGCCAGCCCCACCAGCCCAGUCCCUCAACCCUUUCCUGGCACCAGGUGCAGCCACAGCCUCAGCCCCUGUCAACCCCUUCCAGGUGAACCAGCCCCAGCCGCUGACGCUGAACCAGCUGCGGGGGAGCCCAGUUCUGGGAACCAGCUCGUCUUUUGGGCCCAGCCCAGGUGUGGAGCCCUCCAUGACCUCCACAGCCCCACACGCAGCUCUGGGGGCCGGCAGUUCCUCCCUGACACCACUGGGCCCCGCCCCAGUGAACAUGGUGGGCACUGUGGGCCUCCCCCCGUCCGCUGCGCAGGUCACCGGCACAACCAACCCUUUCCUUCUCUAGUGCCGGGGCCUGGGACCCGCCACAGAGCAAAUGCCCAGAUGCCUGUGCCUGAGGACGCCAAGCAGGGACUUGUCACUCAUGGAAUGGUGUCUGAGGGUUGGGGGUGGGUGUUGCGGUUUUCCAGUUCAGUUUCCUGAUAAAAGGGUUGUCUUCCCAGCCUCAGCCCUCAGACCUGAGCGGGUGUGCUGAGCCAGAGGACUCAGCACUCCGUCUCUGUGCCCUGAGGCUGCCCGCUCACCAGCCCAGCCAGCUGCCCUCACUGCCUCCCGUGCAAGGGCCCAGCUCCCCUCACUGCAUCCCAGUGCAAGGGCCUGACUCCCCUCACUGCCUCCCGGUGCAAGGGCCCGGCUCCCCUCAUUGCUUCCUGUGCAAGGGCCCAGCUCCCCUCACUGCCUCCUGUGCAAGGGCCCGGCUCCCCUCACUGCUUACUGGUGCAAGGGCCCGGCUCCUGUGGAGGCUGGUUGGCUGUCGGGGUGUUGCCCUUACCCCAGCCUCAGCCCCAGGGUCUCUGGGACACUGCUUAGCCCAGCACUUGGGAUGCCCCCUCCCCCCAUACUCUGGCAACACCCCCAGGUGGUCCCUGGUAUGCACAGAGUGAAGCACCGGCCCCACGAGACACUGACCUUUUGGGGAAGUGGUUGUGCAUAUUUUAUUUUUCCUUGACUCAUGUGUGAGUUAAAAGUAAAUACCAGCACCGUGGAACAACUCCUGAAUUAAAUCCACUAGAGCAAGCUUUAAACUAAUCUGAGCAUAAACCUUGCCAUGUGGCUCUAUGCUUGUAUAUGUUUGCACAUAUUUUGUUUAGUACAGUUUCAUAUUUGAGUUUGCAGAAUUACCUAAUAGUUUUUUUUUGGCUAAUAUUUUUAUAACAUGGUUCUUAUUUAACUGUCUAGUUUUGAUAGAAUUUACCAGGUCUGGCUGAAUUAAGAUGUUGGCAAGUAUCAUGUUAGUGGUUUAAAUCCUCUUAUUUAUGGUUUUAACUGUAAGAAAAUUUAAAUAGGAAGAGACAAAAACAAUGCCUUAUGGAAAAACUAAAGCAAAUUCUUUAUAGGGAAAAAUAUGGGAAUUUGAUUACACAUAAAAGAUGAUGUUUAUGUAAAAAAAACUCCAACAGAACAAAACAUCCUAGCCUCCAGUUGCCUUUUCCCUCCUUUAGCUCCCUUUUUUGGUGAAUUACCAAACUGAUUGACCUUCAGCCCUUUUGGCCAGAUGCUAAGAAAGAGGCUAUUUUUCUUACUGAUAUACCAAUAUCAGGAAAGUAAAAAAAAACCUAAUGUAUGAAUGUGAUGCACUAGUUUUUACCAGCUAAUUCCGUUUUGUAAGUGUAGGCAGGCACGGAUUACAAGGACCUCGUUUACAGUGGGCAUCUGGAAUGGACGAGAUGGCUGGAGCCGUGUGUCUGACUUCCUCUGUCCUAAUCCACUCUCAGGGGAAGGUGGGGAUAGCACGGGGAAGGUGGGGAUAGCACGGAGAUGGUGGGCGCUGGGGAGCGGCAGUGCUUCUGUGCCUGCGGCUCCCUGGGGGAUCCCUGGCCCACUCAGCCACCAACUCCAGACACGUUGCAGACUUAAAAAUACUCAUCUCUUUGGAGAGGAAAAAAAACAUUCUCACACAGAAUAGAUUGUUAAUAAACAUGCACUAUUACUGCCUCCCUCUCCAACCUCCUGCUCUCCUCACCACACCCACCACUAUAAAAAACUGUCAAGUCACCAGAGAGGACUGGCGUCCCUACAGUGGGGGGCAUUCACCUGAAGCUGGUGCCUGUCUGCUUUCGUGGAGGGCCGGGCGUUCCCUCUGUGGACGUCUCAACUCCAGCUCAGAGGGCAGCCAGCCUCUUGGGAGCCCCUCCGCCCCUCCCAGGUCCGGGUAUGACCCUUAGCACUGGGCUCUGGAGAGAUGGAGAAAUGCCAGGAGGCACGCCGGCUGAGCUAGACCUGCCCUGUCAGGCUGCUCCAUUUCCUGUUUAAAAGAGCUCACCUGUGCUGCUCUGGGAGCUGCCCUCCAGCCCAGGCACCUGACUGGCCAUGCCUCGGCCUGAACUGGAGACAUGGGGCGGACCCUGGGCUUAGGUCACUGAAGGUGGCCGAGUCUGGCCUCUUCUGCCUGGAGUGGUGCUUCCCCGGGGAGGUGCCUCCACUCACGUGGUGUGGUCCGGGCCCUUUCACUGGGUAGGCCAAACUCAACUACUGGGUCAGUGGUUUAUUUUCGAACAGUCAAGAGCCUUUCCUGACAUGACUUUGACUCCCAACAUUACAGCCACGGGGCCACCAAGGCUGAGAAGAUCCCCGCCCCACUUCCACACACAGGCCUGGCCCCCAGCUCUGUCCCUGUUGCCUGCUGCACUGACCAUGAAGCCAUGGGCUGCUGCCAUGCGUGUUGUACACAUGCCUCGUGCGCCCUCUUCAUGGGCACUGUGGUAGGGGGUGUCACCCAGCCAUUUCCUCAGUGCCAAGGCUUGGUGGCUGGUUUUGAACUUGUGUUGACUAUUGAUACUUAUUUACUAUAUGAAUAUAAUUUAUCAUUUGUAUCAUGA